UCUCCAUUCCCAACUCAACCCCACUCCUCCUCUCUCCUCUAGUUAAAUAAAAACCCGAAACCCACCUUCCUUCUUAUCUUUGUUCCCAUUUAUAUACCACCUUCCUCCUCAUCUUUUGCACCUUAGCUUUUCUCAGCUCUCUCUCUCCCUCUCAAACCUCUCCCUUGACUCCUCCUCUUUCUUGGGCCAAAAGAAAUCCCACUCCCAAUUCUCUUCUCUCUUUUUUCAUGUAAUUCGAUUCCCCGGUUUCGACUACCCCGUAAGUUUUGAUAUCACUUUCUAGGUCACCAUCAUCAUGAGCUGCAACGGCUGCCGAGUUCUGCGCAAGGGCUGCAGCGAGUCCUGCAUCUUACGUCCUUGUCUGCAGUGGAUCGAAACGCCCGAAGCCCAGGGCCACGCUACUGUUUUCGUCGCCAAGUUCUUCGGCCGUGCCGGCCUCAUGUCCUUCAUCUCCGCCGUACCUGAACCCCAGCGACCCGUUCUGUUUCAAUCUCUGCUAUUCGAGGCUUGUGGCCGUACGGUCAACCCGGUCAACGGAGCGGUGGGGCUGCUCUGGACCGGGAACUGGCAGGUGUGUCAGGCCGCGGUCGAGACGGUUCUCCGGGGCGGGACUCUGCGGCCGAUUCCGGAGCUGGUUUCGGGUUCCGGGUCGGGUUUGACUCCGGACGAGGCAUCCGAGGCUGACGGGACCGCCUGUACGGACAUGUGGAGGCUCCGAGAUCCGACUCACAAUUCGGGUUCUUCUUCCCGGUUCACCAACUCCCGCUCCAAGGCAGCUUCUUGUUCUCCGACGACCAAGCGCAAGAGACCGGACGACGAGUCGUUGAAGGUGCUGCAGCACGCGGAUCUGGACCUCAGGUUGACUCCCACCCUCGCUUUCAGACCGAAGCCCAAACCCGAGACCCGACGACCCGGCUCCCCGUCCAUGAACUCCGAGGAGUCGGUGGUCACCACGUGCUUCGAGUCUACCGGGUUCGCGGAGCAGUACCCGAACCGGAACGGAGGAUCCGAGAUAAAGCUACUCAGCCUGUUCCCUUGAGCCCUUAAAAACCAGACAAAUUGGUUUCUUUGUUUUUGUUUUUGGUGAAUCUGACGUUCACGUAGUGAUCAAUCCCAUGUAAAAUCCUCCUCGAGUUUCCUCCUUUUCCUGGGGUCUUUUUCUUUUUUUCCCGGAAUCCAUCUCCGGCGAGUUUUGCUUAGUUGCCCGACGGCACAGGAUUUCUCUAUUUUCAUCUUACAGUUUAUAGAGAUCGAAGAGAGAAAGAUGAAGAGCUUUGUCGGUGGUUCUUUUGUUUAGCUUCAAGCUAGCUAUGAAUUAAUGAGUAGUACUAUGUUGUUCUUGUGUGACAUGAAA